AUGAAACUACCAUCACCGUCUCUCAGAGAUAAUGGAGACAAUGAAGAUAGAAACCUCAAUAAAACUAAGGAAGAAGAAUUAACACCAAUAUCUCAGAGGCUGCAGCAAAUGAACUGCAUCAGAGGUUUGAAGAAGGUGGACUUACUUGUCAGCAACCCAAUAAAGAUUUCAGAGAUCCCGAUCCCAAGACCUAGUAUGCAGUGGUAA